UUUAACAUUUAAUGAAUCUAGCUUAACAUCUGAUGAAUCUAAUUUAUUAUCUGAUGAAUCUAGCUCAACAUUUAAAAAAUUUAAUCUAGCAUUCAAUGAACAAGAUAUUACUAAUCAAAUAGUUAUUUGUGAAUUUGGUCAAAUAUCUGAAGAGAGUAUGUUAAGAAAUGAUAAGACUAUUAAUGAAUAUUUAAGUAAUAAUAGUGAAUGUAGUGAUAAUGAUGAGAUAAACAGUGCAGAAUUUCCAAGUAUUGCAUAUCAAAAUUUCAUAGAAAUA